UGUAUGUUGAUUCAUCUUUUUUUGAUAAAUCAUCAUCUCAUCUUCGAUCCAGUUCUGCAUCUUUCUCUGGACUGUCACAAUCAAUCACUCCCUUAUUAUCUGAUUUUCGCAAAAAAAAAGUGUGCCGGCACUAAGAUGCCGUUGGUCUUCACACUUCUCUGCCUCUGCGUUUUAAAGAUGGGCGGCUUCUCCGCAUCUGUCACUCAAGCCACCGUCCAAUCAGACAUUCAGUGUCAUGACUGGGGCGUGUGGAGCGAGGGUUCGGUGCGGGUGUAUGACGGGGAGGUGGCGUAUCUCUACUGUCCGCUCUUCUCUUAUCCCACGCUCUACAGCUACAGUCAGACUCAGAACAGCAGUCUGUCUCUGCUGUGGUACCGACACACACACACACACGAGCUGGAGCAUAUGACACAGUUUUACUCAGCUGUUUUCAAACAUCUUUCUCCUGUAGUUCCUGAUGUCGGCAGUAAAGUUCCCAUCAUCCUGAAUCCCGCGAGCGAUCAGAUCUACACGGUGACUCUGGGAGAUACAGUGACACUGUCCUGUCGUGUGCAUCUGCCUCACCUGUACGAGGAAAAGCAGCACAUCUGGUGGACCAUCGAUAACAAAACCGUGGAGCAACUCGCCGACCAACGAUUCAGCUCACUUGAAGCCACGCUUGUGUCAUAUGAUUACGGUGACGAGUUGAAAGAACGAGUCCUGAAUGUGAUGGAUUUUUCAGCUGACGACCUGCAGAGGGAGUUUAACUGCUCUGCUAGAAACAGCCGUGGGUUCAACACCAGCCGAGCCGUACUGAAGACCGAACCGUACGUCCCGACUCUAGAGCUGGGCUGUGGUUUAGGUGUGACGCUGGCGCUCAUGUUGAUGAUGUUUGUCAUCUAUCACGUGUUCUGGCUCGAGCUGCUGCUGCUCUAUCGCUCGUGGUUCGGCUCUGAUGAGAGAUACACAGAUGAUAAGCAGUAUGACGUGUACAUCUCAUACGCUCGCAACAGUGAGGAGGAGGAGUUCGUUCUGUCCACGCUGCGUCGAGUCCUGGAGACUGAGUUCGGUUACUCUGUCUGCAUCUUCGACCGGGACAGUCUUCCUGGAGGAACUAUAACAGACGAUACGCUGAGGUUUGUGGGUCAGAGCCGCAGGCUGGUGGUGGUUGUGAGUCCGUGCAGCGCUGUCCGCGGGACACAGGCUCUGCUCGAGCUGCAGGCCGGACUGACCAGCAUGCUGCACGGCGGCAGCCUCAGGGUGGUUCUGAUCCAGUUCAAACCGGUCCGGAGGAAGAGCUGGGUCAAAGAGCUGCGCCGGGCCCGGCUGGCGCUGACGCUCAUACGCUGGAAGGGCGAGAAAUCGGCCCCUCUGUCCUCACGCUUCUGGAAACAGCUGCAGCUCGAGCUGCCCAUGAGGAGGGACACACAACACACACACACACACACCCAGCUACCGGAUAUCACACAACACACACCCGACACACACACACAAAACACACGUCAGGCAGAAGAGAAACACAGCGAUCCUUAUUCUACCAGUGCCUUAUAGACAACCAGCAUACGUACCCUCGCUCACUUGAUUAUAGGGCCUUUCGCAC